AUGCCCCAUCCACCGCUGCGGAAGCGACCCGUGAGUGCCUGGGCUAGGAGCGUGGCCACCGCCGUCCCGCCGGAGGCUUUCAGUAGGACCUCCGCGGUGAGACCAGUCUCGACCAGCAUCUCGGGCGAUGGUGCGAGCGGUGUGGGGGUAGCCCCUUCCCUGGGGACUCACGACACGGAUUUCCUCCCGCAGGAGAAGGUGAUGCUGGGGAAGGGUGAAAAGCUGCUGCGGCUGGAGAAGGAAAUCGGCCGCCUUUCUGGUUUAGAAACAGAAUCACAGCAGAAAGAUGCAGUGAUAAGAGAUCUGCAGGAUGAGAUUGCAGCGAUGGCAAAGACCCUGGCUCAGGCGGCAGCGAGGAACGAGGUAGAGCUGACCCAGAAGCUGCUCACCUUCGACCGAGAGCUGGGAGCCAAAACAGAGGAGAUCAAGGCCUUGAGGGAACAGAUCAGCAACCUGCAGAAAGGCUCGAGCCAGGUUUUCAGCCAUUCUCUCUAUGAAAGAGACCGGGAGAUUGGAAGGCUGCGAAAAGAAAGCGAGAAGUUGAAAAGGGACCAUGCUUUGGCCGCAGGUCUAGUGACCAGCCUGCAAAGGGAGAUUGCCGGGAAGGAGCAGAAAAUGCAGCAACUCAAGCAAGAUGUUGAAAAAAUAAAGAAGGAAAACAGAGAAAAGGACAAUCAGCUAGCAGUCGUGUCUGCCAAGUGCUCUAGAAUUAAAGAGGAAAUGAAGCAUGAACUUGGAGAGCAAGAAGUAAUUGCGUGCCGAAAUCGCAUCGGGGAGCUGGAACGCAACCUGGAGGGGCUGCAGGGAGAAGUCCAGAAGUAUUGCAUCGAGCAGGAGAGCAUCCGAAACCAGCUGGCUGAGAAAGCCAAGGCUGAGGAGGAGCUGAAAGAAGCCUGUGCCAGGCAAGCGCUGCAGCUGCAGGAGAUGGGGCGCAGGGAGCGCCUGCUGAGAGCCGACCUGGGGCGGGCCAAGGAGCAGCUGGAGUCCUUCAAAACCGAAGUGAUGCGAGUCUGUUCUCCAGCAGCAGCAGGCGUUGCAGGGAAAGCUGUAACGGAGCAGCAGGUGGUAGAGAAGGUCAGGCAGAUCUCCAAUGAGAACCAACGAAGUCAUGAAAGAGAGAAGUGUCUGCAGGAGGAAUUAAGCUCCAGGCUCUCCAAGGAAAAGGAGGUGUCUGCAAAUGUUGAGGUGUUCAAGAAAUCCCUGUGGGAGCUCCAGGCUUGCCUGAGGAGCUCCUGCAGCAGUGACAGCCUGCGAGGGGAGCUGGGGAGGCUGGAGGCGGUGUGCCUGGACCCCUCCGUCUCGGCCAUCGCCGCCGCAGUGGUGGAAAUGGCACGUGUCCCCCUGUCCUGGCUGGAGGGCGUGGAGCAGCUCCUGGCCAGCGUGGGGAUGGACCUGCGCACCUCCGGCAAAGGGUUGUUGGCUGCUCUCGGGGGACUGUUGGAAAACAGUCAGGAAACUGCACAGAGGAAUCAGAUGUUACAGGCCCAAUUAGAGAGGGUCCAGGAGUCGCAGGCAGCUUUGCUGCAGGAGCACGUGAAGGAGCUGGAAGCGAAACACGAGCAAGACCUGCAGAUAAAAAUCAAGGAAAUUAUAUUGGAAAAAGACAAGGAGAACAAAGAGAACUCCUUUUCGGUCUGUUUUGGCUGGAAAAGUAUAUCCCCUGUGGAGCGGGGGGGCGGCUGCCUGGCAGGGUCUUGCUGGGUCACCUUCAGUCCCAGGGAAGCCCAGGUCAUGGAGCCGAUGGCGCUGGUGCAGGACGUAGUGUCAAUUCUGGAGAGUGCUGUCGCCGAGGAGAAGGACAAGUGCAAGCAAUCCAUGGAGGAAGAAAAGAAGAAGAUCCAAGACCUGGAGAGCCACCUGAGAAGCAUGACUGAGAUGGCGUUACAGCAGCGGGUGCUCAUGCGAGACGAGCAGCUCAAGACCAUUCGGGAGGAGAAUGAGUUACAGAGACAGAAACUGCAGGAAGAAAUAGCGGAAUAUAAAGAGCAAAGCAAGCAGCAUUCUCUGACAAUUGUGGCUUUAGAGGACAGGUUGCUGGAGGCCGAGCAGCAGCGGAAGACACUGGAGGAGGAAAAUGCAGCACUUGUGGAGAAAAUGGAAGGGUUUCGGGGUGAUGCCCACAAGUCGACAUCGGGAGCUUGGCUGGAGGUUUCUCCUGCCGCAGAGUCCCACAGUUGUCUGAGGAAAUUCAGAGAGGAGCUGGCAGCGGCGCAGAGCGUGCUCCUGUCCAAGGAGGCCAUCAUCGCCGGACUAACCAAAGAGCUCACGGAAACCAGAGCCAGGAUGUCAGACAUGAGAGGGGAGCUGAGCGAGGAGCAGAAGGUGGAACUGGAGCAGAACCUGAGCCGGGUGAAAUGCCAAGAACGGGAACUGAACCUGCUCAGAGAGAAGCUAUCCCAGAUGUCCAGCCUCGUGGAGAAGAAGGAUCAAGCCCUGAAAGCAGCAGCUGAAGAGUUAAGGCAAGCCCAAGCCGACUGUCAGGCGCUGAAGGAUGCCUCCCGAGAAACGAUGGAAAAGCCGGAGGAUGCUCCUGGGACGCCAGUGCCGGCGAGUGAAGCAUCUGAGAGGGUCAGUCUGCACAGAGGCUGCCGAGGUCUGGGUUUGCUGACAGUAUCGAUCACGCACACGGUGUUUCUCAGCAUCGUGGUGAAACCUGGCUAUGCCCAGCCAAGCCUCGGAUGCAGGCUGGGCAAGAACCGGCUGGGCGGCUUCUUCCAGGAGCCGGCGCUGGACUUGGCCGACCUCGGCGCGAAAUGCCGAGGCCUCAGGCACGAGGAAACGAUCCAGCGCCAAAAAGAAGGCUUGGCCGAGCUCCGGGAGAGAAUAAAGAUGCUGGAGAAGAGACAGCCCUCAGCUGUUGUGAAGAUGGGUUCGGAGCCGCUGGUGGUCCUGACGAAAGACUUACCAGAGAAAAUGGUCGAGAAAACAGGUCUUGAGAAGGAAGCUGCACCCGUGUUGGGAACAAAACUGAAGGCCGGUGAGGUUCCCGGCCAUGUUCCUAAUGGGGGCUCGCACGGGGCCACUGAUGGGGCAGCGAGCUCGGAGAUGGCUGAUGUGACUGACCUCGGCGAGAAGAUGUACCUUGAUGUAAUUCGUGCUUUGGGAAGCCUGAUGAAGGUGAAGGAGCUGUCAGGAAUGCAGUCUCUGAAGCACCUUCCUCAGGAGAAGAGGGAAAAAGUGGGACUGCAGAGACGGAAGGACCUGGAGCUGCUGUACGAUAAGAUCAGGAACCUCAAGAGUCGCCUGGAAAGAAAAGAAGAAAUGCUGAAAGAUUACGAGGCCAGCGUGGAGCAGCUCAGGCUGAACCAAGCAUCCCUGCGAAGGUGCCAGGAGGAGAUGUCCAAACUAGAAGAUGAAGCCUACAGGGAGGCAGAAGAGAAGGCUCUGCUGAAAGAGGCUCUGGAGAGGACGCAGCUCCAGUUGAGCCAGGAGAAGAGGCUGCUGCGAGCGGCCAAACUGCACAAGGUGAGAACACGGGAGCAG